CGUUCCAUGUUUACGGAAGAUAGGUCGAUUCGUCCAUACGUUCAACCUACUCCGCACAUGCGCCGCUAAAUCGACAUUUCACAAGGUUUUACUUCGAAUUUCGUAUUCGUUUCAUCAUAGGCAGGUAAAGCAACCGUCAUGUGGGACCAUGAAAUCAGAGCCAUGGCGUCCACUCACGCCAUCAUCGCCGUUGCGGUGUUCAUGGCGACCGUCCUGCCCGCGGUCUUCGUGCGGGGCUUCUCGGUGUACGGGACUCACCUGCUGUGGCUCUACUCCGUGUCCGGUGCGGUGACCGCGGUCAGCGUCGCCGUCUUCUGGCUGCUCGGUAUCACGCCGCCCACCAAGAAGCACACACCGGGAUACAAGCUGUCUAGGUUGUUCCGUUCCUGUCUGUACUUCUUCCUGUCCUGCCUGUUCUUUCACACCGUGGUGGUUCUUUAUGGAGCUCCACUGAUCGAAUCCGCCUUUGAGACGUUCUCCCUCGCUGUGCUCCUGACCUCUCUAACCACACUGAGGUGUCUCUGUGUCCUUGGGCCCAACGUCCAGGCCUGGAUACGAGUGUUCAGUCGGCAUGGAGCUAUGUCCGUGUGGGACACCUGUCUACAGAUUACAGUCGCCUGCACGGUGGUGGGAGCCUGGGUGGGAGCCUUCCCUAUACCUCUGGACUGGGACAGGCCGUGGCAGGUUUGGCCUGUUUCCUGCAGUCUGGGCGCCAUGAUUGGCUUCCUGACUGGGCUUGUUGCUGCUCCUGCGUGGAUCCACUAUCAUCGCAAACAGCUCACAUAUAAGUGCAAGUGAUAGAACUGACACAUGUUUGUAUGCCUUUGUGUGUGUGAAUGUGACCGAGAGGAUAUUUCUUGUGUUCCUGCUGAAUUCCUUUAACUUUUUACUGAUUAUUUAUUGGGAAAAUUCACUCUCUUUGCAGCCUGUAGGAAAGAUGAUUUUUGUAGUAACAUAAGACUUCUGAUUUUUUUUUUUGUACGCAUGAAGGCUGAAUCUGCUCCUGAAGAUUUUUACAUGAAUAAAGUAUCACUUCUGCAA